AUGCGGGUGAUGGGCCCCGAUUCAGCAGGGCAGCAGACGCCCCGCGGGAAGGCCAGCCACCUCCGGUGGUCCCGGAGCGAGAUCGCUUCCCGCUGCCCCCGGGACCUGCGGUUCACCCGCCAGAUACUGCUGACACACCGCUGCGGCCAGUCCCGAACAGUCCCUGACCGCAAAGAGACCCGGCGCCCGCAGGGGACAGGAGGGGGCCGCCCGACCAUCCGCAGGAGAGUCCUCUUCCUCUCCCUCCUCUGCAUCCUCUCCAAGGUGUGCGCCCAGCUGUGCCGGAGGCCAUGCUACUGCCCCUGGGUGCCCCCCCGCUGCCCCCGCGGGUCCCCCCUGGUCCUGGACGGCUGCGUUGAAGCCAGCGAGGAGGGCUGCGAGUUGAACGGCCGGGUCUAUCGGGACGGGGAGGUUUUCCAGCCCAGCUGCAAACUCCAGUGCCGCUGCCUGGACGGGGGCUUCACCUGCGUGCCGCUCUGCCAGGAGGACGUCCGGCUGCCCACCCUGGACUGCCCCUACCCACGGCGUGUGGAGGUCCCGGGGAAGUGCUGCCCUGAGUGGAUCUGCGAGGCCCGGGACCGGCACCUCCUUCGGGAUGCUGGGGCAGUCCCUGGGGCUCCCCCCCUCUCCUCCAACCAGACCCGCUACUGCCGGCUGGAGACUCAGCGGCGGCUCUGCAUGGCCAGACCCUGCCCGGCUCUGCCGGCGGCAUCCCCAGCGGGUUACAGGCAGGGUUACCGAGUGUCUUAG